AUGAAUGCCCCCAAUCAUUACAAGCGAUUUGUCAUUCCUGAGAGCACCAAAAAGGUGCCAUACGAGAGGGACACAAAGAUGAUAAAUACAGGUUCAUUCACAAUCGAGAAAGAAGACCACACCAUUGGAAACAAAGUUCGCAUGCAACUGCACAGGGACGAGAAUGUCCUCUUCACUGAGAUAAAGAACUCGUAUUUGGUAGCUGCGAAGACAGGAGAGAGGUUUGCAGUACCUUCAUCCAUUUAUGUGGAUAAGAAUGGGGAGUUCAAUGUGGAUGCUGAAUCUUGCAUGCUUAGGUGUGAGGAUUGGCGUCGAAGUUGGUUGGAAGAUUUGGUGUUCUCAAUUCACAGCCACCAAAGAUUGAGAAAGAGUGUGGAGCUGGAGAAUACAUGGAUUCAAUUGAUUGGCAUUCCAUCACAUCUUUGGUGUAAUGAGUUUUUCAUUGCCAUUGGAAAUUAUGUUGGAGUAUUUGUGAGAAUUGAUUCCACCAUAGUCCUCGACAAAAAAUCCUGA